AUGUCGAUCAAAGUAGUCGGCCUACUUUUUAUAUUAAUCGCUCCAUCCUUGGGCAAACUCGUGCGUAUAGAUCUUCAGGAUUUGGGCUUACAAAUCGCAAGAAGCGCUCUUAGCUCUCAACCUAAACAAUACAGCAGCAGUCAUAAGAACGAGACACUCUCGGAUUACAAUGAUUAUCUGAACGAGUACUACAGCAAUCAAUGGCAGCAGUUCUAUCUGGCACAAACGGCCUACAAUCCAUACUAUGGACUUUACGCCGUUUAUAGUCCCUACGAAAGCUACGGACCAUAUGCCGUAUAUGAUCCCUAUAAACACCGUGGACACCAUGGUCACCGUGGUCACCGCCGACGCCAACGCAAACGCCCACAAACACAGCAGCUCCAAACACAGCCACAUUCGCUUCUACAAUCCCUACUACGACGUCUAGGGCAAUUUUUACCUAUUAAAGUGAGAUAUGUUCCUCGAAAGAAAUCCAAACCACAGCGCCGGCGACGCAGGCCACAAGUUCGACAUCUCCAACCAUACCCAGUACAAUUACAACAGGCAAUUCAGUUUGCGGCUAACAAAUAA